AUGCUGCAACAGCUGAUUACUCAAGCAGGAAGCUGUAGCUCGGGGAACGCUUCAUCGUGUACUGAAAAAGGUUCUGACAUUGUUUUUGUAUUGGAUGAAUCAGGAAGCGUUAGUGACCAGCAGUUUAAGCAGCUUAUAGAAUCCUGCUAUCAAAUGGUUUCGAUGGUUUCUAUUGGUACUGGCGCACAGGAAUUUCGUUUUGGUUUCGUUCUGUUCUCUCAUACGGCGAGACUUAUUUUUAAUGUUAGUGCUUACGAAAACAAAGAUGUGCUGCUAAAGAAAAUUAAAGAGAUUGUAAGGGGUAAUGGUAACACAGAUAUUAUGAAAGGAAUGCUAGUGGCUUUGGAUGAGGGCUAUGAACAAGGCUCAGGGAGGUCUAGAACCAUGAUUGUCAUGACUGACGGAGAUACCCCUUACACUGACGAGGACUUCACUAAGCUGCAAAAAAGUCUAUCACGAAACAGCGUUACAGCAUAUGGUGUUGGAAUUGGCAACGGGGUUAAAAAUGAAACACUUACGAAAUUGGUCGGUUCCGAGGCUCGAGUACGCAAUAUUGAUAAAUAUGAUGAGUUGUUCACAGCAGUUAGACGGAUCGUUUGUUAA